CCAGAGUAAUGAUAUUCAAAGUAAAAAUCCUUGGCUAUAUACAGAACUUGACUCAAAACAAUAUGAAGAGUUAUUUUAUUUUUCAUCAGGUAUGAGUAAUGAAAUUAAUGAGAAACUUACUAAUUAUCUUUUAACUAUUUUAGAUAAGCUUUGCAUUGAGAAAAAUCAAGAAACAAAUAUAAUUAACAAAUUGGUUCAUCA